AAGGGGAAAAUGCUGGACUAGAUGGCAUGUGACAUUUCCUUUAUGGUGGCGCUAGUGUGCUUUACAUCAUGGUGACUACAAAGGCAGUCUCGUCUAAUCUGUUCAUCCUGAACGAGUCUUUCAUUUUUCAGGUUGUCAAAAGGAACCGGGGUGUCUAUACUACAGUUUGGCAUGUUUAAAUCAGAGCUGACAGCUUCAACUAUAUGUUUUCCAUUCAAUUCUUCAUACUAUUUUCCAUAUUCCGUGAUCCAGUUACCAGGAGAAUAAACACCGGUGUCUCCCGCAGUCCACCACUACGUGUCGCUGUCAGACCAGCGGAGGCGGAAGUGGUGAGGUUUGUUUUGGUUUGUGAGACUCCUACUUGUCCAUGUUCGACUACGAUUUGCCUGGAAGCCGGGAGUCAUGAAGAAAUUCUUCGACGACAUAAAGAAAGACAUCAAAUUUAAGUCGGCGGGUCCCGGGAAGAAGCUCACAGACGACACAAGCGCUCAUCCAAAUGUGGCCCACGCCAGCUCCAGCGCCAAGAACCACCGCUAUGUCCCCACAGAAGGAGCCCAGAGAGCUGGGGCCGCUGCCCUGGCGCGGAUAGAGCAACAGCAGCGACCUAAGGUCCACACCUCUCAUGACGCGAUCAGGAACCAGGUCAAAAGAGAGCUGGAGGCUGAGGCGGCUGCUCUGGCUGAGAAAGAGAAGGCCGGUGGUGUGGAGGGAUCCAAAGUACCUGUUAAAGAUCCAGCCAGUCUUUCUGUUUCUGGAGUCUACUUCACCUGCCCACUGACUGGAGCCACCCUAAGUAAGAGUGAGAGGGAAGUUCACAUUAAAGAGGCCAUCCUGAUGAGGUUUGAAGAGGAUUCUGUAGAAGCCUCUGUGAUGAUGAUACACACGUUUAACAAGGACAGAGAGAAGGUGAAAGCUGCUGUGGACAUCAUAAGCAAGUACGUUGAGAAUAUAUGUAAGAACCCCACUGAGGAGAAGUACAGAAAGCUUAAACUCAGCAACAAAGUAUUUCAGGAGAAAGUAGCCAGCGUCGACGGCAGCAGAGAGUUCUUGCAGGCUCUUGGAUUUAACAGCACCUUGCUUCCUGUCGAGGGUCAAGAAGAGGAGGAGUUCCUGGUGCUGCCGGAGCAGAGUCCUGAUUCACUGGAGCUGAUGAAGGAGAGGAGGGACCGUCUUCAACGAGGGGAGCCAGUCAGGGCUCAGCUGGACAGACAGCCUCAGGCGUUCAGACCCUCUCAGAAUGCCACGCGCUUUGAGCUGCCGUCGGAGUUCUACAACCUGACUGCGGAGGAGCUGAAGAAGGAACAGCAGCAGAGAAGUGAUUUGGUUGAAAAGAAUUCGAUGCUUCGUACCAAAGCCAUGAGGGAGAGGGAGGAGCAGAGGGAGAGAAGGAAAUAUAACUAUUCACUGUUGCGCAUCAGACUACCAGACGGGAACCUUCUGCAAGGGACCUUUUAUGCCUGGGACCGACUUCCAGCACUGUUUGAGUUUGUGCGGGAGUCAUUGGUGGAUGGCUGGCAGCCCUUUGAGCUCAUCGCCCCUGGUGGGCAAAAACUCCAGGAAGCAGAAGAUGUCGCUCUGGCUGAGUGUAAUCUGGUUCCCGCGGCUCUCCUCACGUUCUCGUGGGAUUCAGCUGUGCAGGCGGACAUUGCUGCUGCAGGAGGAAAGAGUCCUACUCUCCUGAAACCUGAACUACUGGAGACAAUAAAGACCCUGAGCUGAGACCGGCAGCUGUAGACCUGAACAUCAUCUGGAUGUAGCGUUGCGUCAGACAGUGAUGCAUUUAUUUUUGCUAACUAUACAGUUGUAUGUUUAGAUGAGACCCAGCUGAGUUCUUCUAAUGCUGUUUGUUGGACUGUCCUUGGCCCACUGCUGUCAUGUAACUCUGUAGUCUCCCAGUCCAGAUUUGAGAGAAGUGAACGUCUGUGUUGAUGGCAUGCACUUGACUCUGCUCAGAUGUGAUCCUGUGACAGUUGGGCUUUCUGUGUAAACAGUGUUGAACUUGCACUCCCUCCACUCAGUAACCGGACACACGCCAAGCAGCUUUCUUUUGUCUGAGGCACUGUUUUGUCACCAAGCUGAUCAUGAGAUACAGUCUACAACGGUAAACGCAUGCUAAUCUGUUUUCUGUCUGUGGGGGCUCAGCUGCCAACAAAUCAGAGAUUAACAUGUUUUCAUAUACAAACUGAAGUCCACUUUAUUCAGAUCCUCAAAAGUAUUAGAUGCGACAACUUUACACUCACUGAAAUAUUUUGCUCUAUUGGUUGAAGUCGAUUUUGACUGAGAAUGAAGGCGAUUAUUUCAUUGUUGAAGAUGUUUUGGUUUGUAUCAAACACUGUAAUAAAAUUGGCCACGUAUAUAAUCUAAA